AAAAGUCUUGAGGGGGCGUUCGUCUAAACAGGAAGAAACUGAAAAUAAACUCCAUCUGAUGAUUUUUGUGUGAAUAUGGACGAAUAAAUGACAGGACCGUCUUCACCACCUACUUUUCCCCUCCGUCCGUGGACUUUGGAGGCUUUGCGGUGAAGUGUGUGUGAUCCGCAGUCAGCGCUGUUUGACGCAGAAGAAGAAGAAGGAGAAGGCGGGGGGGCUACUAACUGGUUAGCUUAGCACGGUAGGCUAACAGCGUUAGUCUGCUUGAACCCCCAACUUGGUGAAACUUUUCGGGGGUGUAAAAUCAGCGGUAGUUUGCCGCUUAAAUCGCUAAUGUAGAGUUUCACAAGAAGGUGCAACGUAUUGGAUUUAACCGCAAAAACAUCCGCAGACUAAGCUAGCAGCGUUAGCAUAGUUAGCUGUAAUCAGCGCUUGUCAACAGAAGCAGCGUCUGACAGUAGGAAUAAAAUAACACACCGCCUCACUUUAUUAUCGACGUUUACAGCAACAAAAAUGGACUAAAAUGAUAUUAUUAUGCAUGUAAACAACUAUUAAAUGCGUUUUAGCCUCGCGGGUUUUAAUCAACAGGGGGUUAAAUGCAGCAAACGCGUCAGGUUAUAGUUUGUAUCUGACUUUUUUUUUGUUGCUUUUUGGAGUCAACUUCACGUAUCUGUUGCUGCCUGGAGGUAGUCGGUGUGGGGUUAGUAUGGAGAAAGGGGAGGCCGGCAGCAGCUCGGAGCGGUUACAUAACGCCAGCAGGUCGGGAGAGAAGCUGCUGAACGUCGCCUCCUUCUCAGCCCGGCUCUGACAACUGCAACCCCGCUCCGACCGAACGACUAAAACAAAACAAAUACACGGACACACCAGCAGACAGCAGCUGCACGGCGGCAUGGAGGACGUCUGAGUCUGCAGGGAAACGGAAACAAGACCAAACACCCCCCACCCCCCGAAGAUGGAGUCAAACCCCCUGAUCAACGCCAUGGACCCGUCCAUCACGCUGUGGCAGUUCCUGCUCCACCUGCUGGAGGACCAGCGGCAGCGUCACCUGAUCUCAUGGACGGGUGAGGACGGCGAGUUCAAGCUGCUGGAUGCCGAGGAGGUGGCGAGGCUGUGGGGACUCCGCAAGAACAAGCACAAUAUGAACUACGACAAACUGAGCCGUGCACUGCGAUACUAUUACGACAAGAACAUCAUAAAGAAGGUGAGCGGUCAGAAGUUUGUUUAUAAGUUCGUCAGUCAGCUCGACCCCACUCAGCCUGAGGCGACACGCAACGGGGACGAGGGCCAGAGGCGGGACAACACUGAUCCAAAUGGCCAAUCAAAAGGCUUAGGGGCAGUGAACUCAACCUGCCCGUCAAAGGGGUUACCACAGCGCUCGUCACCCAGCAGCUCCCAGAAAAGCUCCCGUAACGACUACAUGAAGUCCGGCCUCUACUCCACCUUCACCCUCCAAUCACUGCAGGCCUCGCCAAACCCACGGCCAAUCAAACCAGAACCGUCAUUACAGCAGCUGCAAGACUCUGGUCUGAAAGUGGACCGGAUCCCCAGAGAGGUGUGUGUGAUACCUGAGCCUAAAUCCUCCCCGUCACUAGGUGGAGCUGUUGACUCCGCCCUCCAGGUGAUCGUCACUCAGCCGUCUCCGUGUCCAACUCCAGCUCUCAGUCCUCAGAUACCAGCAAACGCCCCCAGCCAAUCACAGAAUCCUUCUGUUCCUCCUCUGAGCGACCCUCCUCAGAUUUAUCUCACCAGUGUGGGGGAUCCUUCCUCCCUCACCCCCCUCAUUCCCCUCGGCCCCGUGGGCAGUUCUGUGAGUCCCAUUCCACCCCCUCACAUGUCAAUGGGUGCGGCGGUGCAGCAGCAGCAGGACGACCCGCCCGUCUACCCCCCUCACCCCCACGCCACGUCUCACCCGACUCCCCCGCUCUUUGUCAUCAUCAACUCCUCACCCCCCCAACAACAGCAGCAACAUCAGCAGCAGCAGCAGCCUCCACCCACCUUGACAGCUGCUCCUCUCCCCUCUGCUCCCCCUGCCACUCGUCCUCCCCCGCCCCCUAUCAUCAUCAAGGAGGAGACCCUGCCGUCAGAGGAGGGGCUGCUGGAUAUCGUGGCGCUGCAGGAAAAUAAGGUUCCUCAGCUCCUCUGUAACUCGGGGGAACCAGAACCCCCUCUCACUAUCGUGGAGAGCCCACCUCCUUCCUGUAUGGAGCCGGGGGUCGGAGGUCAGCAGCCAGGAGAGGUGGGGGGAGCAGAGACAGAGGCCAAGGACAUACUAACAGACUCUGCUGUUCCUCCAGUGACCUCAUCGUCAACGGCGACCUCUCCAGUAACGUCGACCUCGGACGCCGCUCCUCCCAAACCAAAGAAGCCCCGAGGCCUGGAGCUGCCCUCCUCUCCCUCCCUCCCCCCUGGCCUCUCCCUGGAUAAGGUGAAUGCAGCUGUUAACAGUUUAUUGGCUCCUGGAUCAGGGACCAACACACUCACCCCGACGGUCAUCACCUCCCACGCUCUGACCCCCGUCCUGUUGACCCCCAGCCCUCUUCCUUCCACCAUCCACUUCUGGAGCACGCUCAGUCCCAUCGCUCCUCGCUCACCAGCCAAGCUCUCCUUCCAGUUUCCCACUAACGGCAGUAACCAGAUCCACAUCCCGGCCCUGAGCGUCGACGGACUGUCCACUCCGGUGGUCCUCUCUCCUGGACCCCAGAAACCCUGAGCCUCCUGCCCACCAGCAGAGCUCCUCGCUGGGCUCGGGUCUCGCCUUGCUCUGCCCUGACUUUCUGGAAGUCGGAGGAUGUGAACUGUGAAACAACCCAGGUUGUGUUUAAGCUCCGUCUGCUGCCUGGUCACAUCUGGAGGCCUGGUGGUUCAUGUAGACCUGGUACCGGACUGCAUUUUUACCAAGAUGCCUCCAAAAAACAGAAGAUUUUAGACGAGCAGCAGGCAGGAAGACGUCCUCCAACAUAUCUUUCAGAGUUGGAGCUGCAUUUAAACGCUCCAACAAGACGAGUUGCUGUAAAAUCGGACAUUUCUCUCGACUUGAACAUGACACUGGACAAAAACAGAGGAAAAAAACAAGGUGCAAACUGGAGGAAUAUUCUUCUUCUUUCACUGAGGAAGCAUUUAACACCUUUAGAUCAGGGGUGUUAAACAUGCGGUCCGUGGGCCAAACCCGGCCCACUAGAGGUUCCAAUCCGGUCCACCGGAUGAAUUUGCAAAGUGCAAAAAUU